UCUUUUCGUUGUCCCAGACUCCGAUGUUCUCUCCAUUUUCUUACUUUAAAAACAAAAAUCCAAUCUUUUAAUUUUUCCCUAAAAAAAAAAACAAUCUUUAAUCUCUCUCUGUCUCUGUCUCUCUCUUCAAUUUACAGACUUUUUUCUUUGGCUUUGCUUUUUGGCUAUUUCCAUUACCAUUUCAAAUAGGAAAUUUCGAUACCCUUUUAAACGAAUUUUUGAAAAUCCUUUGAAAUUUUUGUUUUUUGGGGAGAGGGUGGCGUUCGGUGAACUUGUGCCGGAGAAAGGCGGUGGCUUUUGAAAUUUUGGUUUUGAAUUUUCUGGUGGGGGGUCGUUGUUUGAAGUUGUCGUGGUCGUACACGUGGAAAUGGGAACGGAGAUGAUAACGGGGAGGUGGGGCACGUGGGAGGAGCUUUUGUUGGGUGGGGCGGUUCUCCGGCACGGUACCCGAGAUUGGAACCUCGUCGCCUCGGAGCUCCAAGCCCGAACCAUUUCUCCGUUUGCUUUCACUCCCGAGGUUUGUAAAGCUAAGUAUGAGGAUUUGCAACAACGUUACUCAGGUUGCAAAGCUUGGUUUGAGGAGUUACGCAAACAACGAAUGUUAGAGCUGAGGCGAGCUUUAGAGAAAUCUGAAGAUUCAAUUGGGUCGCUGGAAUCAAAGCUUGAAAGUUUAAAGGCUGAGAAAAGAGAUGAUUCUCGAAUUGAUUAUGAUUCCAGUCAGACAGUAUCUGCCAUACCAUGUCUUAAAUCUGAGGGAGUUGAAUUUUCUAGUAAGGACACAUCUAAGGAUGACCUCUCUGCUGGUAGUUUCACACGGGAAGCCCAGACAAACUGGUCACCUCAUUGUCAGAUUCCAGCUGCGGGGCCUGCUGAAGAGAUGGAUAUGAAGCCAGGAGAAUCACUGGCUUCUGAGAGGGAGAAAGUUUCAAGCAUUGAUAAGUUAGCAGAUACUUUCUGUGGAGGGCAGUUCCAGAGUAUAAGGAAGAGGAGGGGGAAAAGAAAGAGAAAGGAUUGCAGUAGGGAUGCCAAAGAAGGAAGUGUUGGAGAAAGUGAGUUUCUAGGUCCAGCUGAUGUUGCUAGUGCCUCACCUUGCAAAGAAACUUCAGCUAGCAACUCUGCUCAGAUUGCCAGAUCUUCAGGCAUUGAGGAUCAGAGCGGAGGUUCAAGCAAGGAAGGCAUUGAUGCGAUGAUGGGAAUAUUUAGUUCUGUAGCAGAGAAUUAUUGCGCUUCUGUCUUUCGACGAAGGCUUGAUAGUCAGAAAAGAGGAAGAUACAAGAAGAUGAUUCUGCGGCACAUGGAUUUUGACACCAUAAGAUCAAGAAUAGCCAGUAAUUCCAUCAUGUCUGUUAAGGAACUGUUUCGCGAUAUGUUAUUAGUUGCCAACAAUGCCAUGGUAUUUUAUUCCAAGAACACGCGUGAAUAUAAAUCUGCACUGCUCCUGAGACAUAUUGUGACUGCAACUUUGCGACAACAUUUCAAGGAGUAUGGGAGUAAAGUUCCUAUCACUACCUUUACAUCUAGCAGACCUAUGCAUAAGCUUCCUGCAAAGCCUCGAAGCAUUCGCCCUGGUAAUCGAAAACUGCCAGGAAAAGCAGCAAACAAUGGGAAUGCAGUAGUUGGGGUUUCUCAUGCAAGUAAAAAGACAGCCAAUGCUGAUUCUCCUCCAUCAGUGGAGUCCUUACCAGUGACGAAGAAGGGUUCUUCUCAGCCAAGAAAAGUGGGCAGCGGACGUGCGAGUCAAAAGUCCGAAAGUCCAAUGAAAGGAAGAAAGAGAGCUCGAGCUCGGUGAUCAUGUUGUACAAUGUAUAUUGAUCUUUUUGUCUCCAAUUUUAAAACCCGUUUGUAGCUCAAUGUUCUGAAUUGUAUAAAGGUGUCUAUAGUCAUCUGGUGUAUAAAUUUUCUCCUUUUGGAUAAACAGUUGCAGAACUGCAUUGUAAUACUAACAUUAGUCAUAGGCAAUGAAAGAGAGCAAAAUAAGAAAAGAAAAAGGAAACCCUGUUUGAUCUUAAAGUUCUCUUCCUUUUGGAUAA